UCGAUAGCGGCCCAUUUUGCCACCUUUGGGUAACACCUCUAGGCUGCAGCCGGUCCAAGCAAACUUGAGUUGAUUAAAGACUUAAUAUGCAAUGACAGUGGAGGCAUGGGCAAUGGGGGCCGAAGCAGACAAGUGAAAGCACCACGUUUUCCUUUAAAGGGGAGUUGCGUCACGUCUUGAAGAAUUGAACAAGCGGAAAGAGAAGACGAAGAGGAAACUGAUCAGUGGAAAAUGGAUAAAACUCAGAGUAUCCCAACAAUUGAUCUUUCAGAUUUUCCGAGGGAGUACGAGAAACUAAGAAAAGUAUGUGAAGAAUGGGGUUGUUUCAGGGUAUUAAACCACAAGAUUCCUUUGGAACUGAUGCAGGAAAUGAAGAGGGUAGUAAGAUCAUUGCUUGACCUCCCCAUGGAAAUCAAAAAACGCAAUGAAGAUGUCAUUGCUGGCAGUGGUUACAUGGCUCCAAGUCCUAAAAACCCCCUUUAUGAAGCCUUGGGUCUCUAUGACAUGGCCUCCUCCCAAGCUGUUCAUAACUUUUGUUCUCAGUUGGAUGCCACUCCUUCACAAAGAGAGACAAUAGAGAAGUAUGCUCAAGCAAUACAUGAGUUGAUGAUGGAUAUAGGGGGAAAACUAGCUGAGAGUAUGGGAUUGGUUGGUGAUUACUGCAAGGAAUGGCCAUGUCAAUUUAGGAUAAAUAAGUACAAUUUCACCCCAGAAGAUGUAGGCUCCACUGGGGUACAAAUACACACUGAUUCUGGAUUUCUAACAAUACUACAAGACGAUGAGAAUGUUGGUGGUCUUGAAGUGAUGGACAGAUCUGGUGAAUUUGUAGCUGUUGAUCCCUUCCCUGGCAGCCUCCUUGUCAAUCUUGGAGAUAUGGCUGCAGCAUGGAGCAAUGGAAGGUUUUGCAACGUGACGCAUCGAGUACAAUGCAAGCAGGCAACAACUAGAGUGUCAAUUGCCACAUUCCUCUUGGGACCAAAAGAGGCAGCAAUAGAACCCCCACCAGAGCUGGUGGAUUCAGAGCACCCUCGCCUAUAUGUACCUUUUACUUAUGAGGAGUACAGAAAGCUUCGACUCACCACAAAAUUGCAAGCUGGUGAGGCUCUUGCACUUGUACGUACCUGCUCCUAAGAUAAAUGAAGUCCUCAAAAUGUGAGGAGUCCCUUCCGCCCUAUCUUUAACCCCUAUUGUUUGGAGAAUAAAGCAUGAAUUCUCCUAGAAAUAAGCAGUUAGAGUGAAAAUUGAAGUAAAAAAUAACUAUAAUUUGCUCCAUCCUAGACAUUUCCUUUACUUCAUUUGAGAUGGGUGACAGAAGGUAAUCCCCACUUGUUACCAAGGUACUUUUGCUGUUUGUUAUAUGGACAUAUGAUGAAGCAUUUUGCAUCGCGAAA